AUGAAGUUCUCUUCGGCCACUCUCGUCGUGUCUGCUGCGGUGGUUGUCCUCGGUGUGCCUGUGCCCGAACCCCCCGGCAUCCCGAGCCCUUCGACGGCCAAGACUCUUCUUGCUGGUCUCAAGGUUGCCACUCCCUUGAGCGGCGAUGGCUACAGCCGUGAGAAGUUUCCCACCUGGGAGACUAUCCAGGGAACCUGCAAUGCUCGCGAGUUUGUCAUUAAGCGAGACGGAACGAAUGUCAAGACCAACACCGCCUGUGUCGCUGAGUCGGGCAACUGGGUAUCUCCGUAUGACGGCGUCAAAUUCACCCAAGCCCACGAUCUCGACAUUGACCACAUGGUUCCACUCAAGAACGCCUGGAUCUCCGGCGCGUCACAAUGGACCACCGACCAGCGCAAAGCUCUCGCCAACGACAUCACCCGUCCUCAGCUCUGGGCCGUCUCUGCCCACGCCAACCGCGGCAAGAGUGACGACAGCCCCGACGAGUGGAAGCCUCCCCUGAAGACGUUUUGGUGCACCUACGCCAAGAGCUGGGUGCAGGUCAAGAGCUUCUACAAGUUGACUAUUACGGAUGCUGAGAAGGGUGCCUUGUCGGGGAUGCUUGAUACUUGCUAA